GAUGCCCUCGCCUCGCAAUCAAAGGCGGACAGACCGCCCGCGCUGGGGAGAGGGGGGGAGCGGAGGGUGUUGUUUCCCCAGGAGCACCAUCCUCCUCCGGCAGCGGCAGCCUGUCUGCCCGCCCGAACGCAGACCCGACGCUUCGCCCCGGCGGCGGGUACUGCGCAACCCCCCGGCCCCUCAGCGCCGCCGGCAGCGAGAACAACCUGACCGCCCCACCUCCAGGCGGCGGCAGCGGCGGCCCCAGCCCCGUCCCGCCGAGCCAGGGCGGCGCCCGGGCCGGGGGCCGGGGCCAUGCACCCGGCGCGGCGCUGAGCACCCCGGCGCCGAAGCGGAGCCCUCUCCCCGCCGGCAGCCCCCGACCUGCGCGCCAGCGGGGCCGCGCCCGCCGCCGCCCUCCAUGACCCUGCGCUCCGCCGGGUCCCUGGAGAGCGCGGAGGACUCCCGGGCGCGCUGGGGGCACCCCGGGGCGGCGGCGCCUGUUGCCGAGGAGUCCCGUGAGGCGGCGCAGCUGGCCGCGGCUAUGGAGGAGCUGCGGCGGGCAGGUUGGUACUGGGGCAACAUGACUGUCGCUGAAGCCAAAGAGAGAUUACAGGAUGCCCCCGAAGGGACCUUCUUGGUUAGGGAUAGUUCACAUUCAGAGUAUCUGCUGACUAUUUCAGUAAAAACGUCAGCAGGACCGACCAAUCUACGUAUAGAAUAUCAAGAUGGCAAGUUUAGACUGGACUCUAUCACUUGUGUAAGAUCUAGACUUAAACAGUUCAACAGCGUUGUGCAUUUGAUUGAGUACUAUGUUCUUAUGUGCAAGGACAGAACUGAAACACCGUCCAAUGGAACAGUUCAUCUUUACUUGAACAAACCUCUCUAUACAUCCGCUCCAUCUCUGCAACACCACUGCAGAAUAACUAUAAACAAAUGUACAAAUCAGAUCUGGGAGCUGCCAUUACCAACAAGACUAAAAGAGUACUUGAAAGAGUACCAGUACCAGGUAUAAAUAUCUUUUCUAAAAGCCUCUAAUAUACAGUAACUUUUAAAUGUAAUUCUUAAAAUCAGCCAAAGAACUGAGUAACCAGUUGUACAACUCGGCAUGGAAUUCACUAUCAAAACAGUGGCAGUUCUGGGGGAAAGGUUCUUAUUUCAGAUGCCACAAAGGGAGACUUUAUGUAGAAUAAUCCCAGCUUGCAUCCUCGGGGGUUCGACAAGGUGGCAUACUAUUCUUGCGAGGAGAGAGAAGCCAGGAAUCUGUCCAGAUUAUGUUGCUUUGUUAAUGGCAUAACAUACUGCACUAACUAUCAAAUGCUAAUUGAAUCAGUGGGACUGGGAGAGACUGCAGAAGUGGUCAGAAAUGUAUGAGAGUGCAUAAGUAUCUCAGUUGUCUGAUUCCAAGAUUAAUUUGGUGCUGGUGUUCAUAUAAUCCUCAAAGUUUAGCUGGAUCACAUUGUGAUUAUCUUGCCAAAGUUAUGCAACUAAUCAAAUCCAGUCAAAAAAGCGAUCAUGUAUUCAGUUUUUAUUUAACUAUAAUUCUCGUGCUUUUCUGCAAGCAAAGGAGUACUGUAAGUAAUCAGUUUAAAACACUGUUUUUCAAAGUUCUCUAAAAGCUGACCUUAAGGAGAAAUGCCACAUCUUUCAUAGGAACCCAGUAUGUUGCUGAUUAUAUCAGAUUGGUAUCCCAGAAUCUUUAACAUGUCAACAUCUUCCCAGUGGUGAUAUAUCCAUGUUAUUACUAUUAAGCCUCUUCUGGUUGAGGCUUUAGGACUGUAUGCUGCAGACUUGCAGUUGUUCAGUUCCAAUGUCAAAACAUGGAUAUCAGCAGUUACAGCUGUCUUCUACAGUGUAGAAUGUUCUCUUCAGCUUGUUUCCCAAAAUGUGGGGAAGUAUGAUUUGGGGUUUUUUUUGGAGGGGGUUGUGGUCUGGUCUUUUUCUUUUUUUUUUUUUUUUUUCCCUUUCCUUCUAAUUCACCAUUGUAGCUAUCAGACUAUUACUCAAUAAAGUAAAUCAAAUUUGCACAACAAUCUCCCAAUCUUUGUAUGCAUGGAUUUGCUACUAUUUAAGAAACAAUGAUCUUAAAACCUAUGUAAUUUCCCAGAUAAUACUC